UGGCCGGGCCUGAGCUGCACGCUGGGGCUCCUCUGUCUCUGCUCGGCUGCCUCGACCUGAGUGGAUCUUGAGACUACAGGGAGAGAGACUAGAUCCGCAGCCCUGGGCUGCUCCGAACUUAAUGUCUUUCCCCAGUCCAUCUUUGAAAGAGAAGUGGUUCUACCACCUGGAUGUGCGGAUAUAAAUCCCCUUGCAAAUAAUAAAUGGAUUAAUAAUAACAAGGUAUGAAGUUCUUUUUAUAGAAAAAAAGGAGAGAAUUGAAACUAAAUGCGGCAGUUAGACAACCAUUUUGAUAAGAGGAUAAUUGAGGCGACACUGGUGUAUAAUUAGAGGAUAAUUUAUGCUAUAUCCACUUUUAUUCCACCUCCCAAAAUAAACCCAGUCCAUAAUCAUUACAGGCAAAUUGUUCUGAAUUUUAUAGCAGCAAUUUGAACAAAGUACUGCAGUUAAUCAUGGGAGAUUUUUGUGUAUUCCUGAUUAGAACUCUAAUUGCCUCCUUCCAGAAAGUAAAAAUAACUGUAAAACGACUCUAUUUUUAUCAUUAACAAUGUUGACAAUAAAAUAAAAUCAAUUGGAAUUGUAAUCGAGAGACAAAUUUAGGACGAAGGCACUUUUACUUGGGUAGUUUAUAUUGUAAUCAAGAUUUGCCAAACCACUAACCGCAUGUAUCAUUUGCAUAUAUUUGAAAGCAUUACAGUAGCUUCUGUUUUCAAUAGGAAAAAAUGCAUUACUGUCAGUGCUCCAACGAUUCGCUUUCAUAACUAGCUGCUGUGUUCUGGGAGAAAAAAAGGUCUCUCUCACCCCUUUUUGUUCAAUAUAUAGGAAAUACGGCCUGAAAUGGCAGGAACCUCGCCAGAACAGGGUCUGAUUUUUCUUUUUCUUUAGCCCCCCCAACACCCUUACCCAUGGGGUGGGGCCCAGGUGUGGGGGUUCUUCUUCCCUCUAUGGUUUCAAUAAAGUACGUCUAGAAAAAUCCACGGUGACAGGGCGCUCCCGCGGGACGGCAGUGGGACUGGGGGGCGGGGGGAGGAGGUCAAGGGAGGGGGCCUUGCUUUAAGUAUAGAGGGCACUGCUUCUGAGCACAGGCAGCCUGCUAGGGUGCAAGGGGACUGUGAGGGAGCAGCCCUCCGCGGACUGUUCCAGGGCUGCGGUACUGGGAACCGAGGCUCGGGGUUUGGAGACGUGAGCUGUGGAGGGAGGCAUCGGCGACCGGCCGGGCUGAGGCACCUCCCACCCCGGAGGCCUCUGCUCGGAGCCGCGCGGCCCCCGGCUGCAGCUCGGGGUUGGGAUUGGAGUUACCAAAGGUAGGCGAAGAACUCGGAGAGAGGCGCACACACCAGUGGAAGCCGUGCGCCUGUGACGUCAGGGGGCGACUGACCAAUGGGGAGGCGCUGCCCUUUGGAGACAAACCAUUCGACUCGUGGCGUCUGCAUCAAGUCUGAAAGCAGACGCGCAACUUUCGCAGAAUCCACCUUAAAAUCUCUGCCUUAAACUGCACCAGCCCCCAAAAAAUCCAAGGGGGGAAAAAGGGGGGGAGAGUAGAUUCCCCCCUCCCCCCUCUCCUCUCCCAUCCCUCCCCCUUCCUCCUCCCUUUGAGUUAACAAGGCCCCGCUCACUAUAUCUCUUUAUAUUAAAAAUAUAUAUAUUAGAGAAGAGCGAGGGAGAAGGAGAACCACCUCCGCCCCCUCUCUUUUUAAUUUUUUUUUUUUUUUUUUUUUGCAAGGAUCCCAAGAGCUAAGGUGGCUGCAGAGGGGAGAGCGGCGCGAGCCAAGUGGGGGAGGGUGGAGGAAACCCGGGAGAAGGCUUUCUCCAGCCCCCAAAGUUUUGAUGAUGACCAUGACUACGAUGGCUGACGGCUUGGAAGGCCAGGACUCGUCCAAAUCCGCCUUCAUGGAGUUCGGGCAACAACAGCAGCAGCAACAGCAGCAGCAGCAGCAGCAACAGCAACAGCAGCCACCGCCGCCGCCGCCGCCGCCGCAGCCGCACUCGCAGCAGAGCUCCCCGGCCAUGGCAGGCGCGCACUACCCUCUGCACUGCCUGCACUCCGCGGCGGCGGCGGCGGCGGCGGCCGGCUCGCACCACCACCACCACCAGCACCACCACCACGGCUCGCCCUAUGCGUCGGGCGGCGGCAACUCCUACAACCACCGCUCGCUCGCCGCCUACCCCUACAUGAGCCACUCGCAGCACAGCCCUUACCUCCAGUCCUACCACAACAGCAGCGCGGCCGCCCAGACGCGAGGGGACGACACAGAUCAACAAAAAACCACAGUGAUUGAAAAUGGGGAAAUCAGGUUCAAUGGAAAAGGGAAAAAGAUUCGGAAGCCUCGGACCAUUUAUUCCAGCCUGCAGCUCCAGGCUUUGAACCAUCGCUUUCAGCAGACUCAGUACCUGGCCCUUCCUGAGAGAGCUGAACUGGCAGCUUCCUUAGGACUGACACAAACACAGGUGAAGAUAUGGUUUCAGAACAAACGCUCUAAGUUUAAGAAACUUCUGAAGCAGGGCAGUAACCCGCAUGAGAGCGACCCUCUCCCGGGCUCAGCGGCCCUGUCGCCGCGCUCGCCGGCACUGCCUCCGGUGUGGGACGUUUCUGCCUCGGCCAAGGGCGUCAGUAUGCCCCCCAACAGCUACAUGCCCGGCUAUUCGCAUUGGUACUCCUCUCCUCACCAGGACACGAUGCAGAGACCACAGAUGAUGUGAGUUAUCUGAGGGCAAUCGAUACCCUAGGGUAACGUCUGAACAAGGCAAGGAGGAUCCAGGACCUGCCUGCAUCUGCCAAACCCAGCCGAGGGAGCAGCCGAGGGAGAACUCUUAAGGGUGGCCAGACCGUCUGGGCGCUUGCUUGCUCCCUCCCUCUCUCUCUCUCCUUCUCUCUCCUCUUUUCCCUCUGUCUCUCUUACUCUUCCUUUUUUUUUUUUUUUUUUUUUUUUUUUUUUGCCUCUCUCCUUUCUUCCCACCUUUCUUUCCUUUAUCCCUUUUCUUUCCUUAUCUGCUUUUCCCCUUGAGCAGCUUCAGUAAUUGAUCUUUUAUCUUAGAGAGAGAGAAACAGAGAGAGAGAGAGAGACUGGUUUCUAUGCCAGCGCUCCUGAAACCUCUCACUGUAAGGCUAUUUUCCCUUACCCCUUGGGAUCCAGGCUCUGAACCUCUUCUUCUCUUUGGGAGUAUCCAUCAAAAUGACUUUUUUUACAGACAUUAUUCCCCCUCCAGAAGAAUCUGUGCAAACAUGGCAGCGUUUUUACUUGUUUAAUGAGCUUAAGACAUUACAUGAUGAAAGGGAAGCAUUUCGGACUCCUGCAUUUUUAUUUACAACCCCAGACUGACAAAAAAAGAAAAAAGAAAGAAAAGAAAGAGAAACCCUCACAUAACAGCCCUUCUCUAAAGGAAAAGGAAAAAUCGGCUGUAAGAUUAGAACGUUGCCACAAAAGGAACGCUGCAUGUUUUAUCAGAAUGCAAUGAGCAAGAAUGAGGAUUUAAACAAACAAAACCACUCUUUCCCCACCCCUACCCCAAAACCCUGAACUGGAAUCAGGAAAGACAGAGGAACAACCAAAAUCUCAUUCUGUUGCUUUGAUAUCUUUACUAGGUGAAUUGGUGGCAUUCACUAAGCUAAUAGGGACGUUUAUAUCAAGAAACAUUUCUGUAUAUAUUGUUGAAUUUUAGUUGUACAUAUACUUUGUAUGUUUUUGUCUUCUUUCAUAUAUGGAGUAAAAGCCACAAAAUGC